GAGAAUUUUCAGAAAUCGUUCCAACCUAUCUAAGCAGGUUAUUAAGGGGAAGACUUCAUACUUGCAGAUCCAAGAAGAGCCAAGAACUAGGACAUAAAUAAUGUUAAUUUAAGAUGAGAGCGAGAGAAGAAUGCCUAAGGAAAGCUUAGAGAAGAAUGAAUUUCAAGGGGUUGAACAUAAACUCCUACCUAACUGACUGAAAGAAUGUCAAGCGUGUCUUGGUUUUCACGCAGCAGCUUGUUUGGAGCACAAUCAGAAGAGAGUUAACAGAAUGAGUAAUGCUGAUUGUGAUGGGAAGGCAACACCACCUUACCAUGAUACCCAAGUUGCUGUUGUUGGUGGAGGAAUGGCUGGGCUGGCGGCAGCAUCAGCUCUGUCAGAGGCUGGUCUUCAAGUUGUCUUAUUGGAAGCAUCUGAUUAUUUUGGUGGAAGAGUGAAGCAAGUUCAGCCAUUUGAAGGAUUUGCUCCAAUUGAUCUUGGUGGAGAGUUUAUCCAUGGAUCAGAUAGUAUCAUAACCAGGACAGCAAAAGAAAAUGGCUGGGUUGUGCAACCAUGCUUCAAAUGUGAGGGAAUGGAGAAAGAAUACAUGUUUUUCUACAAAGAUGAAUUACAUCCACUAUUAAGUAGCCAUCCUGAUAUUCAGAAAGCCUGGAAAGCUUGGGAUGAUAUCAUUUUUCUUUGGGACAAGAUAUCUAAAAGAGAACUCCAUCAAAAUGCAGAAAAUACUGGUUUCUUUGGUACUUUUUCCUGUCGCAGAGAAAUGAGUAUUCAACAGUGGUUGGAGAGACAGAAGUGUAACGAUGAUGUGAUGGCGGUGUUUGAUUCUAUGUAUUGCCAAACAGUAGCUGCUGCACCCAGCCAGAUGGGUCUGUAUGAGUGUGCACGUGAGGAAAAUGCUUGGACAUAUGGCGAUGGGAAUUUCAGGUUGGCGGGAUCGUAUUCUCUGCUUGUGGAGCAUUUCCUAAAGAAGUGUUCUGAAGUCGAGAAACGGCUGUGUUGGCAAGUGACAGAGAUUAAUUGGAAAGGUGAGAAUGGUACGGAUAAAAUAGAAAUGCAGCAUGAGUCGAAAUCAGAUGGACAUGUUUGUCUAAAGAAUCAACUCGGCCAAACUCUAACCGCCAAAUAUGUGAUUAUUACUGUGCCACUGACAGUUCUCAAAGAUGGUGACAUAACCUUCAUUCCGCCUUUGCCAGCGAGCAAAAAAAGAGCCAUAGACGGAAUAAAAAUGAGAGGGGCACUGAAAAUUGUUUGUCGUUUCAAGUCACAAUUCUGGCCGGACAACUUAAACCUAUUAUACAGAGUACGGGGCUUUGUGAGCCAAAUAUGGAUGUACACACGUGACUCGACGGAGAGCACUGAGAAGUGUCAUCUGAUCGCGGGCUUUCAAACGGCUGAGCCCGCAGAGGCGAAAAUUAACCUCAGCGGACAAGAAGUUUUAGAUGGGUUUCUUCAAGAUUUGGAUCACAUAUUUCGAACUGUCUCCAACCCGCACCCUGCUACUGAUUCAUUCAUGGAUUACAUCUAUUACCAUUGGUCCAAACAUCCUUUCAUUCGCGGGGGGUACAGCUCUCCAACAGUUCAUGCGUAUGGCUUGCGCCACGAGCUUGGGCGCCCUGUGGGGGAUCGCCUGUUUUUCGCUGGUGAAGCCACGAGUGUGACUGCCUGUGCUACUGUCCACACUGCCAUGGAAACUGGAUUACGAGCCGCUCGAGAAGUUUGCGGUAUCAGCACUCGUGUUAUCACAGAGUGACUUGUGCCAGAAAAAUGAACAGUCCAUGACUGUUGAAUGAUCGUACGUCCAUAACAAGGGAGAAAGUUGUUGUUUCUUUUACAUUGUUCUCAGUUGGAAAGUUCUGUGUCUUGAAGACUUUGAAAUUGACUCCGUCGUCUAUUUAAAAUUCAAGAAUGGUAUAGGUUUGGAACGAGGUUAGUUACUCGUGAUACGCGUAGUCAUGCUCGCUCGUGGUUAGGCCCUUAUAGAUUGUGCUAGCAUAAUUUUUGGCAUAAUGUAGAAAUACGCGUAUAAUUUUGGCUUUUUUUAAUAAAUGUAGCUCUGUCAGCAUAAUCAGCGUAUUUUAAGUUUUUUUCCUUUUUUGAAGGGAACACUACCAGAGUCAAAACUUAUUUGGUCUUUAAGAUUGAUUAUCUUCAAGUUCCGUUUCAAUGAAUGAGUUGCCAGUAAUCGGAUCCUUGUGUUUGCGCAAAGAUUUCUGGGAUCGCCACGGGGCAAACAUUGCAACUCGCUAUAAAGAAAUGUAUGGCGGCGAAAGGUUGUUUCAACGUCCGAAACAACGAUCAGUUUUGGAGAGAGAUCAAUGCUUUUCCGCCGCAGUUUUAUCAUGAAUGGAUAAAGAUAAUGUUGAUUCGAGAAAACUGUAAGUUUUUGUUAGUAUUUCCACGAAAUAUACCGAUGAACGUCUCUCCUCGUGUCAGGUUUAUUGUGAAAUCGUCAUCGCGUAAUGGUCUUGACAUUUUACAAAGUUAGCCGUUAAUCGCUAUGAGAUAACUCACUUAAGUCUUUUCAAUUGUAUUUAUGUAUGUACAGCC